AGACAAAGCCCAUUUUCCAGAGGCUCCCACCUACCUGGUAGUUAGCAAAGUCAUGUGGCCACAGCACUUAAUUAAUAAAGAGCUGAUAUAAAUGCCAGUAAACAUGUGGGGAGGAGGACACUGAGGCAGAGAGCGGGAGCAGCGCUUCCAGCGAGCUCAGUGGAGCAGCGACAGCAGCGCCCUCUCUGCUGGAGAGGUUGUCCCCCAGGACCAUGCUGAACGUGCUGCUGCUGUGCUGUGGGCUGCUGCAGGGGAUCCAGGCUGUGCUGGACCUCAGGACUGCUGACCUGAGCUGUGGCCACGUGCAGAAGGCGAGCGGCGGGCUGGAGCGGGUGGACAGAGCCCGCCAGGCCAGCCUGCAGCGCAAGGGCAAGGAGGCGUCUGCGGAGCCGGCAGGAGCUCUCCCAAGGCUGGGGUUUGAGCAGAUGGCCCUGGGGGUCCAAGAAGCUGAUGGUGGCCUUGUGCAGAGAGGCAGCCUGCUGGAACCACAGGCAUCAUCCACAGAGCUGCAAGCCGAGGGCCGUGAGGAGCGCUCCCCCCGCCGCUGUGUCCGCCUGCUGGAGUCCUGCCUGGGCCACCAGAUCCCCUGCUGCGACCCCUGUGCCACCUGCUACUGCCGCUUCUUCAACGCCUUUUGCUACUGCAGGAAAAUCAGCACCACCUUCCCCUGCGGCAAGAACUAGCGCCCCAGGGGCUGCCAGCUGCCUGCCCCUGCGUGUGCCUCCUGCUCUGCAGCUCCAAUAAACCAGCCCUUUGCAAAAG